CAGCUCACUCAGCAUGCCAUUCUGCUGCCCGCAGUCUGCUUUGGUUUCUAGGCAUGCUUCUGUCUCAGGAUCUUUGCACAAUUUGCCUCCCUUCCUAGACUGUUCCAGAUACUCAAACGACCACUUCCCUCUCCUCUAGAUCUCUGUUCAGAUGAACCAAAUGCUUCAGAAUGAAGUGGACCUUGGCCGUGGUGAUGAACAGUGCAGUGAAAAUGCCUCGUGUGAAAGCAGCUCAGGCUGGAAGACAGGGCCCUGCGAAAAGGCGUCUCGCAGAACAGUUUGCAGCUGGGGAGGUCAUGACUGACUUGUCCAAGAAGGAAUGGAAACUAGGACUGCCCAUUGGCCAGGGUGGCUUUGGGUGUAUCUAUCUUGCUGAUACAAAUUCUUCACAAUCAGUUGGCAGUGAUGCACCCUGUGUUGUGAAAGUGGAACCCAGUGACAAUGGACCUCUUUUUACUGAAUUAAAGUUCUACCAACGAGCUGCUAAGCCAGAGCAAAUUCAGAAAUGGAUUCGUGCCCAUAAACUGAAGUACCUGGGUGUUCCUAAGUAUUGGGGGUCUGGUCUACAUGAUAAGAAUGGAAAAAGUUACAGGUUUAUGAUAAUGGAUCGUUUUGGGAGUGACCUUCAGAAAUUAUACGAAGCAAAUGCCAGAAGGUUUUCUCGGAAAACUGUCUUGCAGCUAAGCUUAAGAAUUCUGGAGACCCUGGAGUACAUCCACGAGCACGAGUAUGUGCACGGAGACAUCAAGGCCUCGAACCUCCUCCUGAGCUACAGGAACCCCGACCAGGUGUACUUGGUAGAUUACGGCCUUGCUUAUCGCUACUGUCCAGAUGGAGUUCAUAAGGAAUACAAGGAAGACCCCAAAAGGUGCCAUGACGGGACCCUGGAGUUCACCAGUAUCGACGCGCACAAGGGCGUGGCCCCAUCGAGACGUGGUGAUUUGGAAAUCCUUGGUUACUGCAUGGUCCAGUGGCUUAGUGGCCGUCUUCCUUGGGAGGAUAAUUUGAAAGAUCCUGACUAUGUCAGAGAUUGCAAAAUUAGGUACAGAGAAAAUAUUGCAGGUUUUAUGGACAAAUGUUUUCCUGAUAAAAACAAGCCAGGUGAAAUUGCUAAGUACUUGGAGACAGUGAAGUUACUGGACUAUACUGAGAAGCCUCCCUAUGAGAAUUUACGAGAAAUUCUCCUGCAAGGACUAAAAGCUAUAGGAAGUAAGGAUGAUGGCAAACUGGAGCUCAGUGUUGUAGAGAACGGAGAUCUGAAAGCAAAGCCGGUGUCAAAGAAGAGAAAAAAAGCAACAGAACAAAGUAUGGUGUCCGUUGUUGAAGAGAUGGAGUGCUCCAGCUCGCAGACGGAGGAGCCCGUGCAGACCCGUUCAAAGCUGAGAAGGAGAGUCCAGAAGUGAGCUGGACGCCGAGGACACUGCACCCACAGCCGACCUUUCCUUUUCUGAGUGUGUGGUUUCAUGUGCGUCUUGUGGGAGUGACAGUUAAAUAGUAUUGUCUUUGAAAAACGUAAGCUUUUUUAUGAAAAUAAAUGGCUUUUUGAGAUUUAUUAAAGGCUAAUUUAUGCAA